GCGCGGGGCUCAUGAGGCCGGUGGGGAGCAAGCGGCCCCGCGGCUUCUGGCUCACCCCCUUCGUGCUCUGCUUGGGCACUGCCUGCGGCCUGCAAGGCCCGUGUGUGGGCCUGUACAUCGCGCAGGAGGCCAUCAACGCCACGGUCGCGGAGGACGUGCUGCUGUCUGUGGCCUACUCCUGCCCCGGUGUGCCCACCAUUGAGUGGCGACACGCAUCCAGCCGGGGCGCGCGGCGCAUUGUGGCGUGGCAGCCAGGGACACAGGCGGACGUGGCUCCCAGCCACCAGCACCGGGUCUGCACCUUUGACAACGGCUCCCUGCAGCUGCUGCAGGUGGGAACCCACGACGCCGGUGUAUACGUGGUCACUGUCUCUGAGCAGCUGGGCGGCAGCCGCCUGGGCACCAUUGCAUUGCACGUGUCAGAGGUCCUGUACGAAGACCUGCACUUCGUGACCGUGGUGCUGGCCUUCCUGGCCGCCGUGGGCACCGUGCUGGCUGGUCUCCUGUGGGUGUGCAGCAGGUGUGGCCGACUGCGGCAGCGCCCCUUGGAAGCUGGCAGCAGCACAGAGCGGGUGGAGCUGCAGGACGUGGACUGCUAGCUGGGCCC